AGCAGUUAUGUCACUGUCACUUGAAACAAUAAACUGACCGACCGAAAACACCGCGCCAAAUUCACUAGUGUUGUAUUAUAUUAGUGUUAAAUACUAUUAAAAAAACAGAAAUGGCAGAUGAAGAUCAUUACGACGACGUGGAUAUAUCAGAUUUAAUUGACGAGUCCGACCAUUAUCUCGAGGCUGACCACCAACACGCCGAGUUGGAAGCAACAGACUCUGAACAUAUAAACACGAUACAGGAUUCAGAUUUACUAAGUUCUGAGGAGCAAACUAUAGACAGUAAAAAGCCUCCACCACAAAACAAGAGUGAAGUUAUUCGUUCCACUAGGCUACCAAUAGCUAGAAUCAAGAAUAUCAUGAAAAUGGAUCCUGAUGUUAGCGUUGUAUCAGGGGAUGCAGUGUUUCUAGUCACUAAAGCCACCGAGCUGUUUUUGGAAACUAUAGCAAAAGAAACAUAUGCAUACACUGCUACAAAUAAAAGAAAAAUUAUAGCAAAAAAAGAUUUAGACCUGGUCAUUAACAAAGUGGACUGCCUUUGUUUCUUAGAAGGUGCUAUGGACUUUUAGUGAAUUGUAUUUAAGUGUCACCUAUGUAAGAAUUGUGUAAUAUUCUUGCAAGUUCUGAUAUAAUUAUUAUAAACUAAUGUGUAAGUGAAAUUGUGUUUUAGUUUUAUAAACAUUGUACCCAAGGGUUAAUGGGUAAUAGUGAGUUCAUACCUCCCUACGGUAUCAGCAGUUAACCUUUUCACCGCCACGCCAUAUCGGUAUUCCUAUGCCCUGUAUGCCAAGCCCGAAAAUCUUAAUUAAAGGUGUAUCAAUAAAAUACAUAAAAGUAAUGAUUUAAUAUGUUUAUUUUGUUUUUUUCUUCGACCUGUUUUUUGUCGAGUAUAGCCGUCGUUGGCGCACAGGGCACGCUUGCUCAUGUCGGCUAUAGCCGACAUUGGCGUUCAAAAGGUUAA